CAGAAAUGGCAGUUUCUCUGUGGAAGAACUUACUUCAGACUACAAAGGAAAAUAUACUACAACAGAGAAGGGCAUCACUGUAUAUUGCUGCUCAUGGUUAUGAGGAAGAAUUGAUAAAGAAGAAACUUCAGCAGUUUGCUGGUGGAUCCAUCAACCUCUCCAAAGAAGACAAUGGCAUUGGAAUACUUACUUUGAACAACCCGAAGCUAAUGAAUGCCUUUACAGGCACUAUGAUGCUAGAACUCCAGGAGAGGGUAACUGAACUGGAAAACUGGAAGGAUGGCAAAGGCCUUAUCGUCUAUGGUGCAGGAAACACCUUUUGCUCAGGAUCUGAUUUGAAUGCUGUCAAAGCAAUAUCCAACUCCCAGGAUGGGAUGAAUAUGUGCAUGUUUAUGCAAAACACCUUAACCAGACUUAUGAGAUUGCCUUUGAUCAGUGUUGCCCUAGUCCAAGGAAAAGCUGUUGGAGGAGGAGCAGAACUUACCACAGCAUGUGAUUUUAGGUUGAUGACGCCUGGGAGUGAAAUUCGGUUUGUCCAUAAGCACAUGGGGCUGGUGCCGGGCUGGGGAGGAGCUGCCCGGCUGGUGCGGAUUGUGGGCAGUGGGGCUGCCCUGCGGCUGCUGAGCGGGGCUGCCAGGCUGGACCCCGAGACAGCUCUGCGCCUUGGGCUCUCGGAGGAGACGCUGUCAUCUUCAGAUGAAACCGGAGCGUUAGAAGAAGCCCGAGCCUGGCUGAGUCAGUACACAGAGGGUCCAGCCAGCGUGAUUCGGGCUGUGAAAGAGGUGGUGACAGCAGGAAGAGAGCUACCAGUGGAAGCUGCCCUAAGGACAGAGAAGGACAUUUUUGGAACUGUAUGGGGUGGGCCUGCCAAUUUGCAGGCAUUGGUUAGAAGACCAAAACAUAAAUGAUGGUCAAUGCAUACGAAAUGUUCUUGAUGUUUUUUCAAACACAGCUUUCACUAAAGCUGACAUUAAACUGGAUCAUUUAAGGACUUGUUCAUUUAAACUGGCAUUAACAUUCCUGUCUGCCUGACAUGAACGACAUAUUUGGUGUGCAACCACAGAGCAAUCCCUGGCAGAUUCUUUACUGUCCUAAUCACCCACUGAAUGGAGAUUAGUGAAAUUAGUAUGUAAAGGUAAAUACUGUGCUGAGAAUAGAACUGUAAUUCUUUUG